AUGUUUCUCUCCUUUUAUAUCACUAGUUUGAAGCAUUCUUUGGUUUUUCAACAUCUACUGAGCUAUGAGUCGCCAUCUUUCAAAGCUCUUUGGACAAAAGUUCAAGUAGUCGCGCCAGAGUCGAAGAAUGAAGAAAUGUGGUGCAAGGCAGAUCUCGGUAAGAAUCUGCAAGUUUAUAAGGUUCUUUCUAAGUCGAGUGAUCUGAUAUUUUGGUGUUUAGUUACUCGGCAGCCAAACCCGUUGGAGCCAAUGGUGUUUUUAGAGACGUUCGAGAACACGUUGCUGAACUACUUUGACAAAGAUCGGCUUACAAUAGCCAAGGUGAUCAACAAUCAGGACCGCAUUGCUCUGUUAUUGAAUUGCAUGGUAGAUGCCAAUGAGCCAGCUAUUUUGGACCUAAAUAAACUGAAAGAAAUGGUCCCCAACCGUGAGGAUUUGGCAAAGGUGCUCAACUCCACCGCUACAACCCUGAGCCAUCGAAUGCAGAUCCGUGAGCCUUCGCAUACAAAAGGCUUCGGUAUCACGUCGACUAGUUCACCUGCGAUGAAAUCUGCCGACCUUCAAGCUGUUCCUUGGAGAACUGCCGCUCUAAAAUAUUCCAACAAUGAGCUAUAUGUUGACGUGAUCGAGAAGAUUCAUUUCGUUCUUCACAAAAACCUCAAAACAGGCCGACUACACACCGUGCGAGGAAUACUAGAGGGCUCUAUUGACUUCAGGUCCCAACUGACUGGAGAUCCAGUGGUCGCUCUGAGCUUGAACCUUGCGGGGCAUAACCUUGGAAUUCCCGCACUUCACAGCUGUUGUCAAGCGCACAAGGAACACCAAAGAAUAGAUGAACUGCAAUUUAUUCCGCCUGAUGGCAAAUUCCAAUUAAUGAAGUACACCGUUGAUCUCGAAAAUGCUGCGGCCGGGGGAAAGUCACAGACCAAUAUGGGCCUCGUUGCGGUUGAUUACGAGGUAGGAUUGGGAUCCGUGGGGGAUGAGUUCGAAAUUCGUGUCAACAUAGCAAGUUCGCAACAUACUAAGCACAUAGAUGAUCUGAUCAUUACCGUCAACUUCAACGCUCCAUCUCUCGUUUCAUCUGUGUGUAAGUUGAAAGUGCUUCGAAACACUCAUGGGCAUUUCGAGAAUUCUGUAGACAUUGCAACAGGGCGCUGGAUUUUGGACCAACAUAUGUCAACAGGUACUUUACCUGUUUUAAGAGGGUGUUUGGAGCACGCCUCUCCGGAACAAAUCAAGUCUUUGAACCUCGCAGUUAGUUUUUCUAACAAAGGUGAGCUACCUAGCGGUAUCAAGGUCAGCUCUGUAGACAUUAUCUCGGGCAUGCCCCGCAAUCUCAAACCGUUCAAAGGUGUCAAGUACAUUGCCAAGACUGGCGACUUCCACUUACGCUAG